AUGACGAACCAAUUAUUGUAUCAUCAGUCAAUGAUGGUUCACUAGAUGUUAAAGAGAGUAGCUCGGAAGAAAUUGGUGAUAAAUUAUUAUUGGAUGAAGAUGGAUCCGCAGGAUCGAUUUGUGGAACCCUUCCAAAAACAUAUAAUGAAACAUUUUAA